AAUUAUCGACCUUCUUUAACAAAAAGGGUCAAAAAAUCUAAGUUCUAAGCCCGUGCUGUUUUUUUCUUUUAUUCUAAAUUUCUAAUCCAUGUUCACCCACUGCCUUAUUUAUCACUAGUCAAAUACUGAAAUUCUUCGUCUCCAAAUCACAUUUUAACAGUCUCUUUCUUCUUAUUGUUCAUGUAAUAGUAAUAAUUUCAUGGCUAUUCCAUCUCCUAAAAUUUUCCUCCUCUUAACAUUCUUCUUCUCACAUUCUAUAGCUGUGAAGUCCUCCAAUGCUUCCACAACCCCAACAUUGCAUGCAACCUUCCCAUUUCCUGAAGUUAGCAGCUUCAAUUCAUCUAAGCUUUCAAUCUCAAUAAACAUAAAUCCAAACAUCAUCAACACCCUUCUUCAGUCCCUCCAAGCAGCAAUAUCUGAAGCCACAAAACUAUCUGAUCUAUUAAACAACGCUGGACAUAACAUCAUAGAGAACAAAAUAGGAGCAGUCCAAGACUGUAGAGAACUUCAACAAUCCACCUUAGCUUCCUUAAAAAGAUCACUAUCAGGAAUCCGUUCCCAAGACUCCAGAAAACUAGUUGAUGCAAGAACCUACCUCAGUGCAGCACUCACCAACAAGGACACGUGUCUAGAGAGCUUAGAUUCUGCUUCUGGUACCCUUAAGCCAGUUCUAGUGAAUUCUGUGAUCAACUCUUACAAAGAUGUCAGUGACUCUCUCUCAAUGCUCCCCAAGCCUGAGAGGAAGGCUUCCAAAGGACACAAGAACCGGCGUUUGUUGUGGUUGUCAACGAAAAAUCGCCGUCUCUUGCAAAGCAAUGAUGGAGGAGAGCUUGUUGUGGCUGCAGAUGGAACUGGGAACUUUAGCACCAUCACUGAGGCUAUCAACUUUGCUCCGAAUAACAGUGUUGGUAGGACAGUAAUCUAUGUCAAAGAAGGGACGUACGAGGAAAAUGUUGAAAUCCCAAGCUAUAAGACCAAUAUUGUUCUGCUUGGCGAUGGAAAGGAUGUCACAUUUAUUACUGGCAACAGAAGUGUCAUUGAUGGCUGGACCACUUUCAGAUCUGCAACUCUAGCGGUCUCUGGUGAGGGCUUUCUGGCACGUGAUAUAGCUUUUGAGAACAAGGCAGGGCCAGAGAAGCAUCAAGCAGUGGCCUUGAGAGUGAAUGCAGACUUCACUGCUUUCUACAGGUGUGCUAUGUAUGGUUACCAAGACACUCUCUAUGUCCACUCCUUUAGACAAUUCUAUAGGGAGUGUGAAAUUUUUGGAACCAUAGAUUACAUAUUUGGGAAUGCAGCAGUGGUUUUACAAGCAUCCAACAUUAUCACAAGGAUGCCAAUGCUUGGUCAAUUCACUGUCAUCACUGCACAGUCCAGAGAUUCCCCUGAUGAGGACACUGGCAUUUCAAUCCAAAACUGUUCAAUUCUAGCCACCACAGAUUUGUACUCCAAUUCUGGUAGUGUCAAGAGCUACCUUGGAAGGCCAUGGAGGGUCUAUUCUCGUACUGUUUUCCUUGAGUCCUACAUUGAUCAAUUUAUUGACCCAAUGGGGUGGAAAGAGUGGUCUGGUGAUCAAGGCUUGGACACUUUGUAUUACGGAGAGUAUGCUAAUUAUGGGCCUGGUUCAGGGACUGAUAACCGAGUCAAUUGGGCUGGGUUCCAUGUAAUGGAUUAUGACAGUGCCUACAACUUCACAGUUUCGGAGUUUAUUAUUGGUGAUGCUUGGCUUGGGUCUACUUCAUUCCCUUAUGAUGAUGGGAUUUAAUUAUAAGUGUGAGAGAGAUUAAAUAGGUGAGCUAGCUUGUUGUAAAAUUAGCCACUUGGCCUUUGCUAUUGUAAAAUAAAAAGGUGAGUGGCUAAUUUAAAUAUGAUUAAGGUAGCUAAGUGCAGUGAAAAGUUGAAAAGAUGUUAAGAAAUAUGCUGAACCAAUCAGUUGUUUUGACGAAUCAAACAAUAAGAGAGGAUCAAACAACAUCCAAUUGGUAGAUAACUAAGUUUGAUUUUUAUAUCUGGAAGAUUAGUCACUUUGAAUCUGAGAUUGUUUUCGGCACAAAAUAUAUAAGAUAUUUCCAAAUGAUGUCAAGUA